AUGGACGAGGAGCACCCGUUUGUCCUGGGUGUCAGCGUGAGAAACAUGGAGGCCAACCUGCAGCGCAGCCUGCAGAGCAACGGCGUGGACGUCGCCGAUCCGUUGAUGAUGGGCGCGGCCAUGAUGCUCAUGUUUGCGGACGACGCCACCCCCGACCCACCCGUGUCUCCCGACGCGCCCCUCGCCUCCGCCGUCGCCGCGCGAGCCCCAGCCGACGGCGUCGACCGCAUCAGCCGCCUCCCCGACGUGCUACUCAGGAACGUCGUGUCGCGCCUCCCCGCCAAGGACGCCGCGCGCACCGCAUCCUCCCGUGCUGGAUCUCGGCCGACCACCAAGAUCGAGCGCUGGCUGAAGCUCCUCGCCGGCAAGGGCGUCCAAGAGCUCGUCUUUAUCAACCGCCCGUGGCCGAUCGACCACCCUCUCCCACGCGCGCUCUUCGGCUGCACCUCCGUCACCCGCCUGCACCUCGGGCUCUGCAGGGUCCCCAGCACCGUCGGGCUCCCGCGCGCCACACGCUUCCCCCACCUCCAGGAGCUUGUCCUCAGCACGGUCGUCAUCGAGGACCGAGACCUCCACUUCCUGAUCGACUGGAGCCCCGCCCUGGAGGUCCUCACCGUCAUCACAAGCCAGGCCGGGACUCGAGUCCGGCUGGUCAGCCGCAGCCUGCGGUGCGUGCAGGUGGGCAUGUCUACCUUCGUGGACAUCACUGUGGUGGACACUCCUCGUCUGGAGAGGCUCUUUGUGUCGAUGUUAUCACCUUCCGCGCGGGACAGAUGCUCAAGGAUCAAGAUUGGCCAUGCACCCAACCUGCUUGUGCUGGGAUAUUGGCAGCCGGGACUCGAACUGGAGACUGGCAACACCAUCCUCAAGUCACGGAAUGAUGCCCCCAGUGGCAAGGUUGAUCCCAAGUUCUGGCAUGAGGCUGGCUAUAUUGAUUGCGUCCAGAGGCAUGUGAAGAAAUUUGUCUUCCAAGAGUUUCGGGGCAAGAGAAGUGAGCUAGCGUUCCUCAAGUUCAUUGCAGAGAGAGCGCAGGUCCUGGAGAAGAUGGUGGUCAUGGUGGCGUCUAAAUGUUUCUCUUCAGCAGAUGGUGUCAAUGCCAAGCUGAAGCCUCUGACUUCUGCAAUAUGGGCCAGUAAAGACUGUAAACUGAUUGUCUUCAAGAGUUCAUCCUCUUUUGGGACAUCCCCACCUUGGGCUUCCCAAAUAGCAUCUAAUUUUUCAUGUAGGGACCCUUUUGAUCUUCUGACCUUUAAUGCUGAAUUCAACAGUGGUGCCUCUGUGCUUCAACAUUCCUGA